CACUUCGUGAGCGAGGAGGCCAGCCGCGAGGUGGCCAAGGCCCUGCUGCGGGAGCUCCUGCCGCCCGCCGCCGGCUUCAAGUGCAAGGUCAUCUUCCACGAUGUUGCUGUGCUGACAGACAAGCUCUUCCCCAUUGUGGAGGCCAUGCAGAAGCACUUCAGUGCUGGCUCGGGGACCUACUACAGCGACUCCAUCUUCUUCCUCUCGGUUGCCAUGCACCAGAUCUUGCCCAAAGAGAUCCUGCGGAUCAUUCAGCUGGACCUUGACCUGAAGUAUAAGACCAACAUCAGAGAGCUGUUUGAGGAGUUUGACAACUUCCUGCCAGGUGCUGUUAUCGGCAUAGCCAGAGAGAUGCAGCCUGUGUACAGGCACACAUUCUGGCAGUUCCGCCAUGAGAACCCCAAGACUAGAGUUGGGGACCCUCCGCCUGAGGGGCUCCCUGGCUUCAACAGUGGAGUAAUGCUGCUGAACCUAGAGGCCAUGCGCCAGUCCCCGCUUUACAGCCAUCUGCUGGAGCCUGCACGGGUACAGCAGCUUGCAGACAAGUACCACUUCCGGGGCCACCUUGGGGACCAGGACUUCUUCACCAUGAUCGGCAUGGAGCACCCUGAGCUCUUCCAUGUGCUGGAUUGCACUUGGAACAGGCAGUUGUGCACCUGGUGGAGGGACCAUGGCUACAGCGAUGUCUUCCAGGCAUACUUUCACUGUGAGGGCCAUGUCAAGAUCUACCAUGGGAACUGCAACACCCCUAUCCCAGAGGACUAGGACCCAGCUCACCCACUAUGCCUAUGGGGCUCCCGGACAUGGGGAAGGAGGAGUGACUCUGCAAGGAUGCCCUUGGGAUCCAGGUGCUGCAGGCCCCCCAGCUGUCCAGUCCCUGUCCAGUGGCCAUCCAAAGAAGCUUAGCUGAGCACUGCUGGAGCUCAGGUUGUUUCCCUUCAGGGCAUUGUGAAGGACAGACACAGAUGUCUUCCAGGAUGUAGCUGAAGAUACAAAGGACAAGAUUCCCUUGUCCACAUCCUUUUGAAAGAACUGGCUUUUGCUAGACCAAAUAAGUGUUUAACUUAGAUAGGCAGGCUUCUGUUUUGUGAGAAGAAACAAGUCGUGCUGCUGUAGUCCCAGUGAGCACUGAGCCAGUGAGUCAGGGCUUUAACAAGUAGCCCAGAGUUUAAGCCUCCGAAGGAAUGCCACAGUCCCACAAUCUUUCCCAGGAGGCUUUGCACCUCCUCUCCAGAUGUUCUUGUUGCUUGGUGCAGGCUUCGAGGGCAGCAUCUCUUUAGGUAAGGCCUCUUGGGCUGCUAGGGAGCCUAUAAUAACCCCUUAUUGUAGCACUCAGAGCUCUUAGCUCCCCCAGCGUAUCCAGGAACCCAUUUUCCCUUGUCUGUCCACCUCCUCCCCGUGACCUGGCUGUACUAAGGAAUCAAAUUCACUGUCAAAGAACAGAGAUUGGCCAUGCUGAGGCACGCACUUGCAAAGGGCUGGCCUAUGGUCUCACUGGUCUCUGGUGUGGAAAACAGACAGACCCAUACUUUCCCAUGGCACUGUGCCAGGCCUACCCCUACAGAAGAGUGCACCAUUCCUUUAUUUGUGCUUAUAAUGGGCUCUGUAAGUCAGCUGUCCACAUGAAGCCACCACAGGCCAUGCCAUACAGUCCAGCUCAUGUCCUCAGGCAAGAAAUGUUCAAGUCUCAUUAUAUUUUCUUUCAGUUUCAUUGACUUUUAAAUUUCCUUUCACCACAAGUGAGAAUAGCUAAUAAAUAAUCUUUGAGAACACUUGA